ACUUGGGAUCCUGAACUUGAAGCAAUUGCUCAGAAACAUGCGGAGAGCUGCGUUUUUGAACAUGACUGUAGCGAUUGCCGAAGAGUUGAAAGAUUUUCUGUGGGUCAAAAUAUCGUCAUCAAAAAAAAUUCGGAAGCUAUAGAAUCAGCUGAUUGGCAAUGGAUGGUAAAGUCACUGUAUGAUGAAGUCUCCUCGUUCAACAAAACAUAUAUGAAAGCUUACAGCGGUGGAAAUGGUUUUGGACAUUUCAGUCAGAUUAUUUGGGCAACUACGCACAAAAUCGGUUGUGGUUGGGUGUUGUACAAAGAUGGGAACUGGUACAGCAGCUACUUUGUGUGUAACUAUGGCCCAGCGGGUAAUGUGAAUGGUGGUGAAGUAUACAAACCAGGUGAAACGUGUUCAGCGUGUCCGGAAAACUCCUGCUGUGAUAGCUCUUGUUCGAAAUCGGGAUUGACAGCAGAAUAUCCAGGACUUUGUAAAGAAUUGUCCACAGAAUGAUUUCGCCUGCUUUAUCAUCAUAAGGAAAACAGAAUUUUUACAAAAGAGAGGUCUGCUGCAGUCUUCUAACUUCCUCUUAACUGAUCCAGCUCAAAUGUAUUUGGAUUCCUUUAUUUUUGCUUUAAUUUAAAGAAAUUAUGUCAAAAUGUAAUUUAAAAUUAUCAUCCUUGGCUUAGAUAUAGGCAGGUUUCAUAUGGUAUAUUAAAAGAAAGUGUAUGAACUG